AGACAUUGUGCCAAUGAAGUCCACUGGGUUGAUCCUUCCUUCGCGUGAAGGUGGUGGUAAGACCACAUUUAUUGGAAGGGAGUUGAUUCGCAAUCCCUAUGAGAGCGCAGUGUACAUCAUGGUUCGACCCGAGUACCUUUUGUCGACCUUUGAGGAGUACGGGCUCAAGAAGGAGGUCAAGGCAUCGCCCAAUGUACCGGACAUCGCUGCACACCUAGAAAAGACGGUGGCGAAUCCCGCCUUUCAACAACCCUUGUCGCCAGAAGCGUACCGCAAAUUUCGCAAGGCCUUAGGUAAACUGUUGUGGCUAGCGCAAGUUCGUCAUGAUUUGAAGCUGUUUUUAUCUCUGAUAGGUACACAACAAGCCCAUCCAAUGCAUGGGACGGAGCAAGCACUUAGGAGCCUAUUGCGUUUCCUAGUCAGCGAUGUAAAUGUAGCACUUCGUUUACCAUCCAACAGCAAAGAAGCACUUCACUUCGAUGGGCGUGAGGAGUUUUCGGUCAUGGUACAUAGCUUCAGCGACGCGAGUCAUGGUCCCUAUCGUUUCAACGGUAGACGCGGCAUCACAGGUGGCGUAACGUACUUCGACAAUGGAUUGGUAAAGUCCUCAGCAAAGCAACAACAAGCCACAUCACUCUCAAGUUGCGAGUCGGAACUUUACGCCAUUCAACAAAUCGCCCAGGAGUCAAUCGCGCUAGUACGCUUGUUUCAUCGCGUUCUCCAUGGUAUAGGGUUGAUAAGUGAACAAGAGAACAUUCCGAUAGUCCUUGAGACUGAUUCUGCAUCCGCCAUCCAGCUGCUACAAGGGAUUGACAUACCUAAACGUUCAAGACACAUAGAAAUUCGACUCCUAUGGUUGAGGUCAAAACUUGAGACAGGUGAAGUCAUCUUGAGGCACCGACCAGGUUUGCAGAACGUUGCUGACUUGUUCACAAAAUGUUUGAGCGCACAGGAUUUCAUGAGACAUCGACUGACAUUGGGGUUGGCACCGCUUGAAGGAUCUCCUUUACUCAAUUUUCACGUUUGUCUCGUCUUCGGCUGGAUUCUGUAAGUCUCUCAGGACGCACGGCGAGACCCGUGAGAGAAAGAAAAUGUUUCACAUGUUUUUGGUUUGCAUGUCUUUCCGAAGGAACGGCAGUGACCUUAGAAUCUUCCUCAUUGUGCGCUUAAAGAGAAGCCUUGAAGCACGAAACACCAAAUCGCAG